UUUCAUUGAAGCAUAGUCUGUAUUUUGAUUUAGAAAAAAUUCAGUAUAAAGAUUUAAGUCACCGAAAACAAACGACUUGAAUUGUAUUAAUUUUGUUCACAAAAUUUUUGUACAAUUAUCAAAAAAACAAAAAGAAGAAAUAUCGAAAUAUGGACCAACCCGGUGAAGGAGGCUCCAGCCUUCCAAAAAUUCCAAAUAUAAAGUGUGAGGACCAACGUUCUAUUCAAAAAACUGAACUUCUUUGCGACUGUUUUAUCUUUUGCUGUGAGGGUGCCAUCGAGUCGGCUAUGCUGAAGACGAUUGACCGAGUGAUCGAUGGUGUAGCUGACGAUAGAACUGAUAAUGAUAAUCCCGAACUUGAUCAUUUGAUAAGCACAGCUGCACGAUCUUUACCACUUAUGAAGGUGACGCAGGCUGUGGGCAAAAUUAGUGAUCUGCUCAAAACAAUGAUUGUCAAGUAUGGUACCGAUCCGGAAGUGCCUCCCAAAUUGGUAACCGAACUCUUCAAAGAGGUCGAAAGGUUGAGUCACACAAUUCUCAAGUGGAAGCAAAAACUAGUCAUGCAGGCAGAGAGAGCUCGCUCUAACCAGCCCUAGUUUAAAGAGCCAAAUCACUUAUAUUUUUAAACAGUUUAAUUAUGAAAAUCAAUACCCAAAUAUGCAUAGUGAACAACUCUAUUAUACCGGAUCCAUGUUUAGAAGUUAAUGUCAAUGUUUAUUACACCAAUCAAACCCAUCAAGAAGGAAGCUCUAUAAUCAAUCCAAAUCCAGUUUUGCUUUAACAAACGAACAGAAUUUUUUUUAAAAUUUAAAAAAAAUUCAUAAUUUAAUAUCCCAAUGAAAUCCAAAUGGAAUGAUAAAUCAAAACAAUUCAAAUAUUGGUUUUGCACAACAAGUUAUCGAUGGACGAGGACUCCCCAGGGCGCUUUUCGAGAGGUGGCACUAUACAAACCAUGAAAUUAUCGUUAGUUAUUGCUCCAUCAAAGAUUCUGCUCGUCAUCACAAAAAACGCCAAUAAUCAGAGUAGAAUUGAUGGAGAAAGUUAUUUUAAUAGAUUAAUUAAUAACCGAAUCUUAUGACAUUCAUAAA